AGAACUGUGGGCAAGCUACGCUGAGCUAUCGUCCUGCCCUCGGCGCGGCGGCCCGAGUGGACCUAGCCCUGGUUUCUGUCCUCCACAGCGGCCAACCUCGCUGCCUUUCUGACUCCUCCGGCGUUGGGGAUCGCAUAGGGCGGGACACGGGUGACCGAAAGUGGGAGCCAUGAGCAUCUGAGGCACAGAUGCUGGAGGCGUUGGCUGGACCACCGUAGCGCACGCAUGGCGAGCGCUGGGCGUCGAGCUGCGUACCUACAGCUAACCUGGGCACCCGGGCUCUGUGGGGCGGGAUCUUUGCAGAACCCACCGCUCUCCAGGGGCAUGGGAUCAUUGACUCUAGAUCAGGACAUCGCUGCCGAGACGCUGUCGCACGGCACCUGGGCCUGCCCUACUGGCCCGUGAAUCCCUGGAGCCCCCGAGAGACUUGGUAACUGGCGCGAGCGGACGAAUGCGCACGCGCGGGGCCGCCGUUGACACGUGGCAGGGCAAAGGCGUCUCUGCGCGCGCGAAGCGCUGUAGUCUAAGACUACGGCCCAAGUGACCCUUCUUCCCUCCGAGUGUGAUAAAGGCUGCUGCCGUGUUGGGAUUCGCCUUGCCGCUCCCACUUUCCUCCCCAUUACACAGAGCAGCCAGGGAGGGGCCAGCGCGCAUGGGUCAUCUUGGAACAGACCGGACCUACCUAGAGUCCCUGCCCUCUGUCAGCUUAUUGGCCUCUCCCUGCAGCUGGUGUCAGUGGCAGCAUGGUCUUCUGUUUGGAAAACGAGAUGCCACACCGCCUGCUGGGAAGCGCCAUGGUCCACUUCCAUGCCUCAGAAGUCCAGCAGCUGCUACACAACAAGUUCGUGGUCAUUUUGGGGGACUCCAUCCAAAGAGCUGUGUAUAAGGACCUGGUGCUUCUGCUCCAGAAAGACACACUGCUCACAGCUUCCCAGUUAAAAGCCAAGGGGGAGCUGAGCUUUGAACAGGACCAGCUGGUGGCUGGGGGCCAGCUGGGAGAGCUGCACAACGGGACACAGUACCGCGAGGUCCGCCAGUUCUGCUCUGGCUCUGGCCACCACCUUGUGCGCUUCUACUUCCUCACCCGAGUUUACUCCGAGUACCUUGAGGACAUCCUGGAGGAGCUGUCAUAUGGACCUGCCCCUGACCUAGUGAUCAUCAACUCCUGCCUCUGGGAUCUCUCCAGAUAUGGCCGCUGCUCAAUGGAGAGCUACAGGGAGAACCUGGAACGAGUCUUUGUACGAAUGGACCAGGUUUUACCAGACUCUUGUCUGCUGGUGUGGAACUUGGCAAUGCCUCUGGGGGAACGUGUCACUGGGGGUUUCCUCCUGCCAGAGCUCCAGCCCCUGGCAGUGUCUCUGCGACAGGAUGUGGUUGAGGGGAACUUCUACAGCGCUACACUAGCCGGGAAACACUGUUUCGACGUCCUAGAUCUCCACUUCCAUUUCCGGCAUGCUGUCCGUCACCGUCAUCGAGAUGGUGUCCAUUGGGACCAGCAUGCACACCGCCACCUCUCGCACUUACUUCUGGCCCACGUGGCCGAUGCCUGGGGUGUGGAGCUGCCCAAACAUGACCGGCUGCCAGACCCAUGGAUUGAGGACUGGUCAGAGAUGGAUCAUUCAUUCCAGGGAAGCCAUAAGCAGCCCCCAGACUUCAGGGAGAAGCUGGCCUUGCCCCUGCUCCCACCUUUCCACUUGCCUCCUCCCAUGUCUUUUCCUUACCCACUUGAGCCCUCACCACCUCCCUUGUUCCCACCCCUGCCCCAGGAUACCCCCUUUUUCCAAGGCCAGCCCUUUCCACCCUAUGAAUUCAAAUACAAUGCAAUGGAGGACUUCUCAAUGCCAGGAUGUGGCCCUGGAAUGAACUUUGUGCCUGGCCCCCUGCCACCAUCAGUCUCUGGCCCUGUCUCCCACGGUCAACACCGGGGCCCAGUGGUCCACCGGGGCAAGCCACGUUGUGUUCUGAACAACCCCUACCAUGUACCAAGAAUUGGGGGUCCAUGCAGGCAUCGACUCAGACACUCAGACAGACUGAUCCACACAUACAAACAGGACAGGCGGGGACAUGCCCAUUCGGGAACAUGGCCUGGAUAGGCAGGAUCUUAGGUUGGAGCUAGAGAUACCAGUGGCCCUGGAGAGGCUGUCUGGUAGCCUAGCUGUUGGGCCGGGGUGUUCUUGUCCAUUGCUGAUAUCAAUAAAAGCAUGGAAGGACAGAGUGACAUUCCUGUGUCGGGGAGCAGGUCUCCCAAACCAUGACCUUAAGGCAUGGGGAAGCUGCCCUUGGCCUCUGUGCAAACUAUUUAGAAAUCUGUGAAGAAUUUCUAGCACAGGUUCAUCUUCACAAGAACACAUACACACUAAAUAAAGAUCCCCAGAGGGUCCCUUGUUAUCAACAGUUCUUUGGGACUUUGUCAUUAGCAGGCAUUCAGUAAGUUGUUAGAACCUAAGUGAGAAGCUUCCAAGUGCUGGGGAAAGUCCAGCUAGGAUCCCAUUGGUUCCUUGGCUUGAUGUGCAAACAGAGCAUACGCUGGAUGCUGGAUGGGGUGAGGGACGGGAUGCUUGCCUCAGCUUAGAAAUAGGGGAGGAGGGGCUGGAGUAUGACAGGGACAAUGGACAGAGAGUAGGGUCUUAGGGACCCAUUACAUUUGAAUUAGAAUGGAGGGAACAGAAUUCUUGGGUUCAUUUUUGUUCCUACUAAUGAAACCUUUCAAAAGGACCACAUCCCACUGAAAAGAAAACAAAAACUGAUCAGAUCAGAUCGAUGGAUUUUGGUUAAUAACCUGGCAAAUUAGUGAAGGGCAUGGUUAACAGGCGGGUGCUAAGGAAGUGGUGACAGACAAUGUGAGUUAAUAAAACCUUUGGGGGAGACAAGAGACUUGCAGAGGCACUGGCACAGUACCUAAGACAAAUGUAUGAAUUCCUUUCUUCUGAACAAGAUUAAAGGGGGACAGAAAUUAAAAGCUUUUUUGGUUUGUUUUUACAGAGCUAAGAAUUUUGAUAAUUUUCCUUGCAGAAAUGGAAUUUUUUUUUCUUUUCAUCAUCAAAAAACUCACUGUUAGAGCAGUCUUCUCCAGCUGCAGUUUGUCCAGGCCUUGUCACUUUCUGCAUUUCCUUCCAGAGACUUUUGUGUCAUUGGUUUUCCAGUGUUGGAGAAAACUGCACAUAUAUUGAUUUCCAGGAAAAACUUGAGUUUUUUAGCCUCAUGGGCCAGCGCUGUUGGUUUCUUGGCCUUUUCUACUUGUUUCUUGAAUUCUGCCCUUGAAAAUUCUAUAACUCACACUCUAUAAGCAACCUGGAGAUGGGUAUACUUAAUUAAUACUGUUUACACACUUCCUCUGUGUUCUUAAUUCCUACCCCAUUUUACUUUGACUUCCCAUGCCCCAACCCUUUUUAAAAAUAUUUUCUAAUAGUCCCUUAAAGUUUUUUGGAAUAAGAUAGAAACUCCUACACUUAAAAUCUGUCCUAAAAAGAAUAAAGAGAUUUUAUUUUGGCUGUCA